GAGCUAAUGAGAGGUGCUGAGGAGGAGGAGGGGGUGCAAGCCGAGGUAAAGCCUGAGAUCAGCAGAGCGGGCGGGUGGGGGUGGUGCUCAUAGCCUUCCCUCCGCUGAUCGGCAGUAUAGCGGCUGGAGGAACCGGAGGAGCAUGAGGACAUGAUGAGCCGCGGAGAGCCCAUGGCGGGCGGCCAGAGCGACCACCCCAAAACCCGGGGAGAGGUCUCUGCCAAGCCCGGAGGAGAGGUCUCCGCCAAGCGGUGGGCAGCGGUGACGGCGAGCGGCCUCGCCAUCAGCGUCGUAUCGCUCCUCUUACUGGUCACUGCGAUCUUCACCGACCACUGGUACGAGACGGACACGCGCCGGCAUAAGGUGAACUGCGACAAACACUCGGACUACAAUGACCAGAAGAACCGUGAUAUGCCCAUCUACCACCUGCCGCUGCAGGACAACCACCGGCGAGACGUGGCGCUCAUGAAGCCGAUCCAUGUCGGCAGUCGCGAGGAGGAGCUGCUGGAGAACUGGCGCGCUAUCCUGGGGAUGGGCAUCCUCGAGACGGAGUGCGGCCGCCCGCUGUUCUCCACCUUCUCCGGCCUGUGGAGGAAGUGCUACUUCCAUGGCCUGGACGCGGACAUUGAUAAGCUCAUCCGCAAAGGUAUUGCAGAUCGCUGUUCUGCCAUCAAGUAUCAUUUCUCUCAACCAAUCAGGCUGAGGAACAUCCCCCUUAACCUGACCAGAACAAUCCAACAGGAUGAGUGGCACCUGCUGCACCUGAGGCGCAUCACAGCAGGGUUCCUGGGCAUGGCUGCAGCGGUCCUGCUGUGUGGGAUCAUCGUGGCGUCGGUCAGCUUCUACUGGGAGGAGAGACUCACCCUGCAUGUGUCGGGUCUCCUGUUCCUCAUGGCUGGUAUCUUCUGCACCAUCUCUCUGUGCACGUAUGCGGCCAGCGUGACCUACGACCUCUCCCGGACCCCGCCCUUCAUCUACGGCCUGCCAGGCGACGUGGAUCACGGCUACGGCUGGUCCGUGUGCCUGGCCUGGGCCAGCCUGGCCCUCAGCACCACCGCGGGCUGCAUCUGCACCGCCUCCCCCCUCCUCUCCCGCCCCCCCAAGACCUCCCGCACCUCCUCUGUCUGAGGGGGCGCGGCCUCCACCCCGACGCUCGGCGAACACGCAGCUGACCUGCAGCCAACCUGCAGCUGACCUGCAGCUCACCUGCAACUAACCUGACCCUCAUCCUCAGCCAACCUGCAAUUCACCGGGAGCUAGGCCGCAACUAACCUGCAGCUAACCUGCAGCUAACCUCACCCUCACCCUCAGCCAACCUGCAACCGACCUGCAGCUAACCUGGAGCUAACCUGCAACUAACCCUCUGCCAGCCUGCAGCUAACCUGCAGCCAACAUGUAACUAACAUGAAACUAACCCUCAGCCAAUCUGCAGCUCAUCUGCAAUUAACCUGAAUCCAAACCAUCAGACAGCCUGCAACUAACCUACAGCCAAUCUGCAACUAGGGUUAGGGUCAACUCAGUCAACCUGUAAAUAACCUGCAGCUAACCUCUUAGCCAACCUGCAACUAACCAGAAACCAACCUGAAACCUACCCUCAGCCAACCUGCAACUAACAAGCAACUAAACUGAAACUAACUCUCAGCCAAUCUGCAGCUAACCUGCAACUAACCUGCAGCUAACCUGAAACCACCCUGCAACUAACCUGCAACUAACCUGCAGCCAAACUGCAACUAACCAGCAACUAGACUGCAACCAACCUGCAACUAACCUUCAGCUAACCAGAAACCAACCUGGUUGCAGGUUACAGGCUGUCUAAAGGUUGGUUAAAGGUUGGUUACAGGUUGGCUGCAGGUUGGUUAAAGGUUAGUUGCAGGUUAGUUGCAGGUUCAGAGUUGCAUACUAGCAGUCUGAAUGCAGCAAGCAUGGAAGGACGGAUUUCAGGAAUCUGACUGUUAACCGAGAGGAUGAACGGUUCAUCCAUCCGGCUGUGGUUCUCAAGGACCCAAACCCUACUGGUUUCCUGAAGCCAGUGUUCUCCUUUCCAACGGUGGUUCUGAAGGACCUAAACUUCACUGGUUUCCUGAAGCCAGUGUUCUCCUGUCCAACGGUGGUUCUGAAGGACCUAAACUUCCCUGGUUUCCUGAAGCCAGUGUUCUCCUGUCCAACGGUGGUUCUAAACACUACAAACUACUCCCUUCAUCUUCAACACUCUGACCUAUCUUCCAAUCUCGGUGGAAGAUGAACAUUUGAAAAGAGUUGAGAGAAGGUGAGGCUUUCUUAGUCUUCAAACGUCUAAUGUUUCAGGACUCAGAUAUUUACAAUGGAUGAUGCAAAAUAUUGGUUGAGACCAGACCUUCUCAGAUAAUAGUGUGACAAUUAAUGAUGAUAGGUCUGAUACUAGCCUGACAAUGCUACAUGCUAGCUUGACAGAGCUACAUGCUGGUUUAAUAAAGCUACAUGCUAGCAUGACCAAGCUACAUGCUAACUCGAUAGGAAUACUUGCUAACUUGACACGGCUUCAUGCUACUUAUUGGACGUGUGUUGUGUACGAUUGAUAUACUGUGUUCAGAGUUAGCUGGGUUCCAGGCGAAUAUGGAUUUAUUACAAUUACAUUUUUACUAUUAGAAAGAAUAUAUAUAUAAUGACCCAAUCAUAGCCUAUUCUAUACAAAUGGAUUUCACUCGGACCAGAAUAAUGGAUUGAUAAUGAAUUAUAUUAGUCUGUGUAAUGACAUUAUAGAUAUGAAGUUCCUUUUGUCCAAAGGGCUAUACAACUUUCAAUAGUCUUUAAAUAAAUCCAAAUUUGUGUUGAAUAUAAAGGUGUACUGUACAGGAUUAAUUUUGAUGUAAACUGAUGAUGCGUAACUUCUGGCCCAUCCCCUUCACUGUUUGCUGUUUUAACCAAACACCACAGAAGUAAUUCAAUAAAAAGUAUUUAAAAUGCCUGG